AUGCUCGGAAUAGCCACCCUCCUGCUCAGUGCGGUUUACUCCGUUACUGCUGCACCAGUCGAGAUUGAGAAGAGAGCUGUGUCGGCAAACGUCCUGGAUCAGCUCCAAUUCUUCUCCCAGUACUCAGCUGCCGCAUACUGCCUCGGAAACAACAACAGCCCAAACACCAAGGUUACCUGUCCUCAGGGUAACUGUGCUCGUGUCGAGGCAGCAAACACCAAUACUCUCACCGAGUUUGAGAACAGCAUCAAGUCAGAUGUUACUGGCUUUGUUGCAACUGACACGACCAACAAGCUCAUUGUUCUGUCCUUCCGAGGAUCAAGGAGUGUACGCAAUUGGCUUACCAAUGUCCAAUUCCCUGUACAGAAUACCUCCAUCUGCACUACAUGCGCAUCAUCCAUUGGCUUCUGGCAGAGCUGGCUGGAAGCGCAGACCAAUGUAAUUGCUGCCAUCAACAAGGCAAGGCAGCAAUACCCAACCUUCAAAGUAAUUGCAACCGGCCACUCGCUGGGCGGUGCGCUUGCAACCCUGGGCGCUGGAGUGCUCCGCUCCCAGGGAAUCGCGGUCGAUCUUUACACCUAUGGCGCCCCCAAGAUCGGUCUCGAGGCAGUUAGCAGUUACAUUAGCCAGACGAACUUGGGUGCAAACUACCGUGUCACCCACAAGGCCGAUCCUGUGCCAAAGCUCCCUCCUGCGGCCCUGGGCUACCGCCACAUCUCGCCCGAGUACUACAUUACCACCGGAAACGACGUGCAGCCUGGCACUGGAGACAUCAACGUGCUCACUGGUACAUUGAAUCUCAACGGAAACGAGGGAGACUUUGGACUAGACGUCAACUCGCACUUGUGGUACUUUGGACCCAUCAGCGCGUGUGAGGGAUCCCCUGGCAUUGAAAUUAAGCAAUAG